AUGGAGAUCGAGAUGAACAAGAGUAAUCCUGCUGGUUCCGUAACCGGUUCGGAUAUAAUUGACGCAAAGAUCGAAGAACAUCAACUUUGUGGAUCCAAGAAAUGUCCCAGCUGCGGCCACAAGCUCGAAGGCAAACCAGAUUGGGUUGGUUUACCAGCAGGAGUAAAAUUUGACCCAACGGAUCAAGAACUGAUAGAACAUUUAGAAGCAAAAGUCUUAGUUAAAGACAUUAAAUCUCACCCUCUCAUUGACGAAUUCAUCCCCACCAUUGAAGGCGAAGACGGCAUUUGCUAUACUCAUCCCGAGAAACUUCCCGGAGUGACUAGAGAUGGUUUAAGCAGACACUUCUUUCAUAGACCAUCAAAGGCGUACACAACGGGAACAAGAAAGCGAAGAAAGAUUCAAACGGAAUGUGACAAUAAUAUGCAAGGAAGUAGUAGCUCCGGUGAGACGAGGUGGCAUAAGACUGGCAAGACAAGACCUGUUAUGGUAAACGGUAAGCAAAAAGGUUGUAAGAAGAUUUUGGUUUUGUAUACCAAUUUUGGUAAAAAUCGAAAACCGGAGAAAACCAAUUGGGUAAUGCAUCAAUAUCAUUUGGGGACACAUGAGGAAGAGAAAGAAGGAGAGCUUGUUGUGUCUAAGAUCUUUUAUCAGACUCAGCCUAGGCAAUGCAACUGGUCAUCUUCGACAUCGAGCUUGAACGCUAUAGGUGGUGGAGGCGGUGAAGCUAGUAGCGGUGGAGGCGGCGGAGAGUAUCAUAUGAGGAGAGAUAGUGGGACUACUAGUGGUGGGAGUUGUUCCUCGUCUAGAGAGAUUCUUAAUGUUAAUCCUCCAAAUCGAUCUGAUGAAGUCGGCGGCGUCGGUGGUGGGGUUAUGGCCGUCGCGGCUGCGGCUGCGGCCGUUGCGGCUGGUCUUCCGAGCUAUGCGAUGGAUCAACUCAGCUUUGUUCCGUUUAUGAAGAGCUUCGAUGAGACACAGCAACAACAACCACAACAUCAAGAACGAGAAGAAGAACAUAAUGAUGGGAAGAUGGGAGGAAGGUCAGCUUCUGGAUUGGAAGAACUCAUAAUGGGGUGCACUUCUUCUACCACUCAUCAUGGGUUCAUCAUCAAUGGGGAACCAACAAGAAGCAGAAUGGCUGAAGUACUCAACGUUUUGGCCAGCCCCUGACUCUUCUGACAAUCAAGAUCAUCAUGGGUAAUUGUGCCAUUUUCCAAUCUGAUGAUCAUGACCCACAUCACAAAAAGUUAUUACCAUCAUACCUGAUGGUCAUCGUCGUCAUAGUCAUCAUCAUCGCCAUCAUCAUCAUGACAUCCUCAUGGAAAAUGGUAUAUCGAUCGAUCUUGGACCAACCAAGUUAUAUAUAUGCAUGAUUUUGACAUGGUGAAGGGUUUUUGAAGCAGCGCCAAAAAUCAAUAGUUUUUUUGUUUGUUAUAUAUUCAAGAGGAUUUUGAUAUAAGAAAAUAUAAAGAAGGGUAGGGGGAAAAGAAAAGAAACAAAAGUAAAAUUAAAGAAGCAUGAGAGAAAAAGCUGUUAUAUUCCAAAGAGAAGAAGAAAAAAGCAAGGAAAUUGCAGAAAAAAAUCAUCAACAGUACCAUCUAGAAUUCGAUAUAAGUACGUUUAUUAUAUGUUUAUUUUAAAUUCAUUUUUUUGUUAUUUGAAUUUCUUUGUAUGUCCAUUUUCUUUGUUAAUUAGGACGAACAGCAUAAUUUAUUGGUUUUUAAAUAUAUAUGUUGGUAAAUAAUAGUAUUAAUUAGUUGUUACUA